AUGGACAGAAUAGAUCUUGUUGCUGCUAUGGAUGAAAGCAUAGAGAAGGUCCUCGAAAACUUUACAGAGGCGAUCCGGUACCUCAAGGUGCGUGGCCUUGGGCGGUGCGAUGAAAUGCACAGCCUGGUAUUCGCUAAUCGUAGGAUUGCAGAUUUGACUGACUCUGCAUUCGAAAUAUACCACUACCUCAUACGCCUCAAGUAUCUACAAGCAGGCAUGAAGCCACAGAAGCAGAAAACAGCCUCGGGGACUAGAAGAGAGCGGUUCAGAAUGCUCUUCAAGCAGUUUGACUCAAACAUUGGGCUGAAAUAA